UUGUUAGUGACUGAUAUGCGAUUUGGAAUGCAUUUAAAUUGCACCCGAGAAUCAUCAGUGAACGGUACCUCAUGAUUCUGUCUUCAUCUAACUUAAGGCAGUCAAAAAUUAUAUUCAGCAUCGAUGAUUCUGACAAGCGACAUUCGUAUAAAUCUGUGGUAACACAUUUAUUUGCGGUAAAUUUUUGAGGUUAGGUAUAGGGUGGUACAGUGAUACGAUAACCAUAUCGCAACUGAAGUCUUUUCAUAAAGUGUCAUAACGCUUAACAUUUUUCUUGAUUAAAACUAUACGAAACAUUCCGAAAUAACGGCCCAGAUUUAAAUGACAAUAAAUAAUGGCAACGUCUGGUUCUGAUAGAAAACCAAAAGUAAUAAUUUUGGGAGGAUGCGGUUUCAUAGGACGUAAUCUCGUGGAAUAUCUACUGGAUAACGAUCUUGUAUCUUUUAUACGUGUCGUUGAUAAAGUACCGCCGCAAACUGCUUGGUUAAAUGCUAAACAUCAGCAAUUAUUCGAGCAUCCUUUACUCGAAUUUAAAAGUGCUAAUUUAAUCAAUGCAGUAUCUUGUCAAAAUGCAUUUUUAUCUGAUACUUCAAUUGAUUUUGUAAUCAACUGUGCCGGAGAAACAAAAAGUGGUCAAACAGAUCCUGUAUAUAAAGAAGGAAUUUAUAAGUUGAGUAUGAAUUGUGCUCAUCAUGCUGCAGAAUUACAAGUUGAUCGUUAUGUAGAAAUAUCUUCUGGAAAUUUUAGUACUUCUGAGAAAAAUCCCCUCAAAGAAGAAGAUACCGGAGAACCAUGGACAUUUGUUGCAAAAUAUAAGUUGCAAGUAGAGAAUGAUUUAAAAAACAUACCAAGUUUAAAUUAUACAAUACUUAGACCAGCUAUUGUAUAUGGUUGUGGUGAUAGAAAUGGAUUAGCACCACGUUUAGUGGUAGGAGCUGUGUAUAAACAUUUAGGAGAAAUGAUGAAGUUACUUUGGGGACCAGAUCUUCAUAUGAAUACAGUUCAUGUAAGGGAUGUAUCCAGAGCUAUUUGGCAUGUAGUAAAUAGGCCAGACACUUUGGGUCAAACAUACAAUGUUGUUGAUGAAGGUGAUUCAACUCAAGGAUCAAUCAGUGCUAUAGUUUCAGAAUUAUUUAAUAUCAAUCAUGAUUAUUGGGGUACAGCAUUAUCCACGCUAGCUAAAACAGAUAUGAGUUCUGUUGUUGAAGAAGUAAAUGACAAACAUAUGGGACCUUGGGCAGAAGCUUGCAAUAAAGAUGGAGUAGAAAAUAGUCCUUUGUCUCCAUACAUAGAUCAAGAACUUCUUUAUAAUAAACAUUUGUAUCUACAGGCAGGAAAAUUAUCAAGUAGUGGAUUUACUUACCUAUACCCAAAACUUACAAAAGAUGCUUUGAAAGAGGUUCUUGAUGAUUAUGUAAACAUGAAGAUAUUUCCACAUUCCUUGGUACUAUAAAUUUUAGCAAUACAGACUGCCACGAUCAAAUAAUGGAGAAGCUUACAAUGAUUUAUAUAAAAUAACUUUUGGAGCGUUUCACCUUGUGCCUAGUAAUCUAUGCAAGUUGCAUACUCUAUUGUAUGUUACAUACCUUACUCGUAUUUUACCUGCUA